AUGACCAAUUUUGUGUGGAGAAUCCUCACGCAACCAUGCGCAUGUAUCAGUAGCGUAGCCAUGCCCGGAGGAAUCGCCCCUUCCGUUCUGUUACUUGUGGAAGGCCGUGGAAUAUGCAUGAUGAGCACCGCGUGGAGAGACAAGCAGGAACACCACCUUAUCAACUUCAUUGGCGCGUUCCUGGCCGCCAACUUGUAUCGCCUAAACUUCCUGUCGAUAUCUCCUGACUUCAUCUUCAACAAUGGGGGGCUAUCAGUUGCUUUCAUCUUUGAGACGAGCUGGGAUCGUGGGAAUGCAGCUGCUGUUUUUAGCAGGGUGAAUGCAUUGAAGAGGCAGUUCAAAAAUCUCUAUGUCGUUGUCUCUGUUCCCACGGUGGAGCAAAUCGAAUCGUUUAAUCAGUCUUAUUUCAAGUAUGGCAUGGAGCUUGGCUCCCCUACAUUUGUGUCUGUUAACGAUCCAGAGAUGGGAUUUGAGAUGAUGCUCAAGAUUGCUCAUGCCCGUGGAGUAUGCAAGCAGCAGGACAUUAGCUCAACAAUGAGGAAUGAGCGGGAGCAAGCAGUUCAGUGCAUGGAUGCCUAUGUACGAGUGCUCACCUCUAUUCCUGGUAUUGAUGAUCACGAUGCCAAUAUGCUUGCCCAAGCUAUUGGCUCCAUUGAAGCAAUUGCAAAAGCAUCCGAGAGUUCUAUCCUAGAAAACACUGACCUCUCCAGGGAUAAGGCAGAGACAAUUGUCAGGUUCUUCAGGGAUCCGCAGUUCUACUUAAGCCCUAAAAUCAACUAA